UUGAAGCAAUAAAGACUAAUAACGUUCACGAUAAAUCUAGAAAGUAAAUGAAUUUGACAAAUCGGUUUUUUCUGUCCUUUUGUCGUAGUUUCGAAUGCGACAAAAACUUAAUUUUUUGGAAAAUUACAGGAUUUACAGGUAAAAAUCCAUUUUCUACUGAAAAUUCGUGCAAGAACAAGAUUAAUACGGCAUAAGCCAAUUUUCAAGGAUGCCGCAAGCCCGUAGAAAAACGCCGUUUAGCGGCAAGGCGAAGAAACAGCAGCUACAAGCAAAGAAGAACAAAACUUUGCUGCUUUCAACAUCGUCCGGCACAAGCACCUGCGAGGUGGUCUCCGUAAACUACCAGCCGCGCAACCGUGGUGGGAGGGGAGACUCCAACCGGUACGCCCUCAAGUUCUACCGGGAGACCGACGAAGAUCUGUUUCUGAAGAAAGAGGAUGCUGCCAAGGCCCUCAACCCAGUCCCUGAGAAGGAACUAGAAGUUGACCCGACGGACUUCUUCCCGUCCGACCUGUCGUUCCCGAAGCGACCGGCAUGGGACUUCAGCAUGAGUCCUGCUCAGCUGGACGCGCAGGAACAGAGGUAUUUCAAGAACUACGUAGACCAGCUGCAAGCCUCCGAGCACUGGAAGGAUAUAUCCUACUUCGAAUUAAACUUGGAGACGUGGCGGCAGCUGUGGCGAGUGCUGGAGAUGUGUGACGUACUACUGCUGAUUGUGGACGUUAGAUAUGCUGGCAUGAUGUUCCCUCCAUCACUAUACCACUACGUGGUCACGGACCAGAAGAAGAACAUGAUAGUUGUUCUGAAUAAGAUAGAUCUGGUCCCAGCUUCCGUGGUGGCCGCCUGGCAUGACCACCUGACCACAACCUGUCCCGGGUUACGGGUGGUGUAUUUUACCUCUUGUCCCGGGUAUAAUUUGAGGGGCGCUAGCAGUGAUAAAGCUGGGCUGCAAGUCCGACGCCGCAAAGGCCGCCAACAAAUGUGCGUAGAGGGAGCCACUAAAAUCUUGGAAGCGUGCAAAGACAUCGUUGGCUCUGACGUGGACUUAUCUUCUUGGGAUAAGAAGAUCAAAGAAGAAGCGGAAAUUGAGACAGAGGAUGAUGAGCAGACUGAAGUUGGCGAGACAAUCCUAGAAAAGGCCGACACAUCGUUCUACACGCACGAACGGUACAAAAAUGGCGUCCUCACUAUCGGCUGCGUGGGACAGCCCAACGUUGGGAAGUCGUCCCUGAUGAAUGCCAUCAUGGGACGUAAGGUCGUCUCAGUUUCCAAGACUCCGGGACAUACGAAACACUUCCAGACGAUUUUUCUGACUCCACAGGUCCGUCUAUGCGACUGUCCUGGCCUGGUAUUCCCUUCGAAGGUGCCGCGGCCUAUCCAGAUUCUCAUGGGGUCUUACCCCAUAGCACAGCUUAGGGAACCAUACACAACCAUCAGGUACCUAGCAGAAAGGCUAGACUUGCCCAAGCUGUUGCGUAUGGAUCACCCAGAGAAUGACGACGUCUGGUCUCCGAGAGAUAUAUGCGAUGGCUGGGCCAAGAAACGAGGGUAUCUCACUGCUAAGGCGGCCAGGUUAGAUACAUACAGAGCAGCUAACAGCCUUCUCAGGAUGGCGCUAGACGGCAAGAUAUGCCUUUGGUUGAGACCACCAGGCUUCGCAGAGCGAAAAGACCACUUCGAAACCUGCCCAGAAGUGAAGUACGUCAAAUGGGUGCAGGCUUUAACAUCAUCAGCUGACAAGCAAGACACUCCAGUGACAUCUUCAAGUGAGAAUGACGAUUCCAAUGGUUCAGAAGCCGAAGAGAGCGGUGACGAUGAUGAUGAUGAUGAUGUUGGAGUCGCUAAGAACAGAUUCAUGGCGCUUUUGGACGAGUAAAUAGCAUUUAACCCUUAAUUGGUCAGUUCACUUACAGUUUCUAUUUGAAUUUGGACCUUAACACAAGGGAAUAUCAAACCAAAUCAUUUCACCUAUUUACUUUUAUGAAAUUCUAAAAAAUGUGCUUAUUAGCUAAAUCACAUUUUACCCUUAAUUGGACAAGUCUCUUUCAAUUUUAAUUUCAUUAUAGACUGCAACGAAACUGACCAGUUCAAAUCGGUUUCAAACUGGUCGCGUCAUGUGUGGUCUCUCAACGGACGCUAUGGCAGAAACUUAGAUGCAACUCCAAAGUAAUUAGAAGUUGCAGUUUCGUUGCAGUUGCGUUUCACCGUGUGUUCUGGGCCUAACAGAUAUUGGAGAGGUUAAAAACCGAUUCAUGGCGCGUUUAGACAAGUAUAUCAACAUUUAACCCUUAAUUGGACUAGUCAAAAUUUGUCAUUUCAUUUUGGACCUUAUCACAAAGGAAUAAAAGUCAUAAAGUAUUAUAAAAAGUACUUGAUUUUGAUAUGGUAUCUCUUUCGCCCCCAUUUUUAAGAACUUGUCAAUUCGAAUUGCCUCAGUUGGGAAUUGAAUCCACGAUCUUUCGCUUGUCGGGCGGCUCCUCUGACCUAUUGAGAAAAUAAAUGACUGCAGUUUAAUUUUUUAAAGUUACAUAAAAUUCUUUUAAAAAAGUUCCUUUUUAACCGACUUCAGAAAGACGGUUCUCAAUUCGACUGUAUUUUUUGUAUGUUUCAAGUCAAUUAAUCGAUUGCCACAGGUGGGAAUCGAACCAACGACCUUUUGAUGGGUGAUUGCUUUUAUAAUUUUAUAUUUGUAAGACUGAAAGUAAAUGGCAUCUACUAACCAGUAGAAUUUAUAAGAUUCCAAUCUUUCGAUCAUAAAGGUAUAGAUCGUUUCAUCCACGAAGACGCGCCCCACCAUUCUUCCGCUAAUGUUUGAGUGUUAUCGGUACACGCUAAAUGAUCCAUGAGUGCACACGCACACUACAGUAAUGCCUUACGGAUUGCUCGGACCACACUCCCCGCACCCCGCGCGACCGAGACCAAACAUUGGUGGGCGCGGCCGAGUGGAUGAAACGAACUAUAGUCUGGUCUGCGAGCACGUAUAAUUUUGUCCAAUGAUCCCAAGCUACCCAUCCUUAUCGCUCGCGCGUAAUUAUGUUGCUGUCGCGCUCGCACACUCACUGCGGGCGCCCGUCGCACAGUCGCGACAGCAAUAUAAUUACGGAUGGGUAGCUCAGGGUCAUUGGAUAAAAUUCUACGUGCUCGCAGACCGGGCUUUAUCUAUAGCAGGAAGGCGCUGGAUGCAGGCCUCUACCAACCGUUCAAUAUGGAAAUUAUUGCGGGAGGCCUAUGUUCAGCAGUGGACGUCCUGUGGCUGAAAUGAUGAUGAUUAUCUUUCGACUAAAUUAUCGUGAAUUUGACUCGGAUUUGAAAUAUUUCACC